AUGCUAUUUGUCAACACACAGCCAAAAUGGAGGCGAAAGUUUGCCUAGUGAAUAACGUGUUAUAAUCGGUAAAUCAAAGAUCCAGUGAUAGCAGUAUGUAGGAAGGAACGGCAAUAUUAUUCAAAACAGAGGUUCCUACAAACGAAAUCACAAGAAUGAAAAAGAAGGAGAUUCGACCAUUGUUAGAGGGAAAUGAGCUGUACCCUAAGGGGAUGGCAGUCAUUCAAGGGAGAGUGAAGAUGUACGUCCCAGAGGACAAAGUGGAAAUUGAUGACGAUUUCGAAGAUGAGAUUCUGAUGACUGAGCGCCGUCGUAAAAGAAGAGUGUCGUUGCUAUGGCAAGACUGCUUUCUUCUGAUUCUGGACUUCCUUCAGUUUUUUGCGAUCUACCAGUCCAUGUCUCUGAGGUGGACGUGGCCCCAUGCCUGGCUGUCUAACACGUACUUUGUCUUUAUUUUUAACCUGGACAUUUUUGAGUUUAUGAAGCUGCACACAGCUGGAGUUUAUAACAGUGUCCAGAACUUCAACACACCUAGCUCCACUGUCCCAGUCCAGUUCUCCUAUAUUUCCAUUGGCUGGCUGAUGGUCAUUCUGAUACUGGCAGCUGUGUAUCCCAUCACCUAUGCAAUCCUAUGGUACAAAAAAAGCCCCGCCAUGAUGACCAAAAUGUCAUACAUGCGGCGGGUGUAUUACUUUAUCAUACAGGCUCUGACGCUUCCACUGGCUACCUAUGUAGGUCACAUCUUUCAGUGUACAAACACGGACACUGUGGACGUGAUGAAUGACCUGAAGUGUUUCUCCGGCCUCCACUGGUUGUAUGUUACGUUUGGUCUGGUCAUUAUGUUGUUUCUGUUUGUGGUAUUUCCUAUUCACUUGGUAUACAUCACCAGAACAGAGUCUGUUGGGUCCUGUUCAAAGCACCAUGAAUCUUUCCUGCUUCUAAAGGAAACUGAAUACAAAGUUGGAUUGAAUAAAUCUUGGCUGCAUGCUGACAUGUUUGUUUUCUCUUCAUUUCGGUUCUGGGGGUUGUAUCACAGAGCUGUCAUGCAGUGGCUCAAGUUGCCUAUUAUCAUUGCUCUGUGUGCAGGUUUUAACAACAUUGCAGCUCAAUCCUUGUCUGUGACCCUGUUGUUUUGGGGAUAUUUCGUUUUGUUUAUCUUUGUCCGUCCGUACAGAAUCUUGAUCUACAAUCUGAUGAUGCUGCUUUCGUUUCUGAGCCUUGGUUGCCUCGGUAUAAUCGGGUCGAUGGUGACGCGGUACAAUGUCUACACCCUCUCCUCCCCCUGGCUCCUCCCUCAGUACUCUAAGUGGGUCCUGACCACCAUCGUAGUCAGCUGGGCUGUAUUCUGGUUCCUCUUUAUGGUGUAUCUGGUGAUUCGUAGCAUCCUGUAUCAGAAGAAAGUAAUAAAUACUCCCCUGUGGCCUACUUUUUCCACUUCUGACAAUGACCACCUGAGUUUACAGACAAAGAAAUUCCUCAAAACAUUCCUCCACGCCAGAUUUGUGUUAGAGAGGACCCAGCGUAGUCCCGCUCUGUUUGCCCCGGUCCACGACCUGUCCAGACAGAUACAGAUCCUGAAUGCGUACUGUCGCGAGGCUGAGUUUCUGGGAGACGCUCUCCACGGGACAAUGUGGGAUCUCCUGGAUGAGAUGAUCGAAAUUCACUCCAAGCUGGCUCAGAAAUCACUUUUCGCAGAGACUGUAAAGGAAUCGAUCAGGAAGACAGCCAAGGAGUUUCUGUCAGUGAUGCCGCUGUUCAGCCAGCGUCUCGCUCAACGCGACUACGACCUCAUUCUGGUGUCACCAAUGAAGCGCCGCAUGCUCCUUAAGAUGUACUGCAUGGGUGUUUUCCUGAACGGCAGAGCGGAGAAAGUAAGAAAGAAGUCCAUGUUUACACAGCCAGCUUUAGAGAGAAUCUGGCACGAGGAACCUUACAGCCUGAACCUGGAAGAGGAGGAUGGUUACUAUGAGGACCUGUACCCUGACCCCCUGGAGCUCAAAAGUGACAACUCCUCCGUUGACCUGUCCAUGGCCAGCUCUGAGUCAGAGGAGGAAGAGGAGAACUUGGCUGGUAUCAUGAGUCAACUUCAGGAGGAGGAAGAAAUGGAGUUUGACUUACUCAGGUCCCAGUCUUUACCAGAGAAUCCUGUGUCAGGUGACCACUCCUCCACUGCUAGUGGAAGCCGCCCCGGGACCGCCUUACAGAGCACCACUCAUCGACCACAGAGUGGCACCACCAGACGGGAGGGUGGUUCUGAUGACCCCCAACCCUCCUCAAGCUCAUCCCGUCCAGAAUCCAGACCAUCAUCUGGGUCAAGGCCACAUUCAGCUAUUUUGGGACCAGGUCUGAGACAAACUUCUGGGUCAUCACCCAGGGGAUCUAGACCUUCCUCUGGGACAUCCACUCAUAGCAAGCAUUCCACACACAGCAAACAUUCUGUCCAUAGCAAGCAGUCGUCCCACAGCAAACAAUCAGCCCAUAGCAAGCUGUCAACAUCUGAGCCAAACAAAGAGGGAGGGGGUUAUAUUAACUCAGGAUUUGAGGAGGAAAAACCAUCAAUACAUGAGAAACCUAGAAAAGGAGAAGUUCCAUCCAUGAAGAAGUUUGGGGAUGCUAAAGUUGUGGCAGGAAGACUGAAGAAAAAGAGAAACCGAAAAAGAGAUUCCGAAGCUUAAAGUGUAGCUGACAAAAUAGAAACGGCAACUAGACAGUGAAUUGUGGCUGGUCCACAUAAUAUUAUACUGUAGAAAAUUAUCCCUUUUUUCUGAUGAUUGUAUUUAUUAUAUUUUAAUUUUUAAUAUUUUAUUUGAAUUCCGUCCAUUUUCUAGUUUUUCCUGUUUUGCAUUACUUUAUAGAUUUUUCAAGAAAAUUUUUAUAUGAUAUAGAUUUAACCAUCUUUAUUGUUUUUUCAUAUGUUUGUUAACAUUUUAUUCAUUUUUAACCAGCAGAUCUGUGAUAACUUAAUAUUUUUUCAGUAGGUAGGAAAAACAAGUAACUAUAAUACAUGUACAAGCAAUUUAUAUCUUUUCAAAUAUGCAUCAACCUACAAUCAAAGCAUACCAACAAUAAUAAUAAUCAUUUGGUAUAUAUUUAAUGUACUCUAUUAUAUUUAUUGAUAAAUUUAUAUCGGUCUUGUA